AUGUAUGCACCAAAUUUCCUUUUUCAAUAUUUGCUCAGCGAAUCUACUGAUCCCUUCAUCAAAGAGAAAUUUAGAACGUGUCAAUUGAUGCCAAUUCUGAAAGAAAUCGGCCACCACGAAUCCAAGAUAAGUGAAGUUGAAAUUAAUCGUCAAAUGGGCCUAGUCAUGAAAAAAAUCACGAAAAUUGGUUACGAAUACGAGAACGAUUCUACUCUGUCUGAAGAAAGAAACCCCUUGUCCGACUUGUCAGAAAUGAUCAAUCUCCUGUCGAAUGUUUCCAACUGGCAUCCGCUUGUAAUUGUAACUUAUCUGGGAGACACUGAAUUACUCGACAGAUUAAAGCAAGAUAAAAAGUACAACAUCAAAGGCGUGUACAACAAUUUCACUCUGCUCAACCUGGCCAUUCUCUUUGAUAAAACUGAAAUCUUUCAACAUUUCCUACCAAAAACGAACGCCGAUCCCGCUGAAUGCGACGAAAAGGGAAGGAACGCACUUCACACGGCGGCCAAAUUCAACGGGGAAAAGGAAAUUAGAAUAAUUAAUAUUGACGAAUGCAACAAAUCUGGCCUAACUGCUCUCCACAUUGCCGCCAUUGUGUCCAACGUCACAACCGCACGUCACCUGUUGGCAAAGGGUGCCGAUAUCAACCGCCGAGAUAAGGAAGCUCGCGUCAUCAUCAUCUACCGUCCAUACGUUGGCCAACAGCUGGAAGAAUCGGGCCAAGAUUUUCUCCAUCCAGAUCUCAACAAGAACGUCGCAUCACCGAUGAAACCUGUUGGUUAA